AUGGGCCCUCCCAAGAGAUCCUCACAGCGUGCAUCGUCUUCCACUCUCCCAGUCCUGUGCGCGCUGCUGCUGCUGCUGCUCCCAUGGCAGCACGUGGCAGCGCAGCUACCGCACGACAUUCCCACCAUCCCCAUCGGCUUCAUGCUUCCCGACCCUGACCACAGUUCCGCCAUCCCCUCGUCGCUCGCCAAAGAAUGGAUGAGCGCAGCACAGGUGGCGGUCGACGUCCUCGCUCCAGACUACAUCGAUUUCACCAUCGAGCCCAUCAUUGUCGAAACGGACUGUAACGCGGACAGCGCGCGUGUGGCCGCCAAGUCGCUGGUGGAGCGCGGAGUGGUGGGCGUGGUGGGACCCGCGUGCAGCGAAGCGGUGGUGGGCGCGGACGAGGUGUUCCGCCGCCAGGGGAUCCCCUUCGUGUCCUUCGCCGCUACCGCCGACGUCUUCCGCCAAGGCGUGCAGUUCUACUCCUUCUUCCGCACCGUGUUCGGCGAUCGCCACCAAUCAGCGGCCAUUCGCAACGUGGUGCAGCACUUCGGGUGGAAGAAGCUGUACGUGUUCUACUCGGACGACACGUACGGCCGCGCGCUGGGCUACGACGUGUCCGUGGAGCAGGACGCGGGGGUCGCCACGCACCUCAUCCGCGUGCCCUACCCGCCGCCCGCCGAUUGCUCCGCCCUGUUCGCCGCGCCGGACGGGAACGGCGGGUUGCUUCAGGGCGGGGAGGAUACGGCGGUGGUGAUGGCGGUGCUGCCUGCUGUGGCGGAGUGCCUGUGGAAGGCCGCUGAUAAGCUGGGCCUGCGUGAGACGGGUGGGGAUGGGAAGGCGGGGAGGAUGACGGGUAGGCAGAACUUACUGCAGUACCCCUGGUGGUACGUGGGCACGGACGGCGUGGUGGCGCUCGACUUCUCCGACGCCGCCCCCAGUUCCCCCGAGGGCGCGCUCGCCGCCAAGCUCCGCGGCGAGCUGGGCGUGGCGCCAUUCGUGGGCGACUUCGCGGAGGACAACACGUUUCAGCGCUUCCUGGACUACUGGAGCGCGCAGUCGUUUGACAAGUUCCCGGGGCUCAUCACCAUGCCCGUGACCCCGCGCCUGCGCUACCCGCGCGCGUACGUGCCGUACCUGAUCGACACGGUGUGGGCGUUCUACGAGGGCAUCAACCACAUCAUCGUCAACCAGCGCAAGAAUGUGACGGCCGGGUCCCUGCGGCGGUGCUUCAACAAUGAGCCGGCGGGGUGCGUGGCAUUCUACGGGGUGACGGGGCAGAUGGCGUUCAACGGCAGCACGGGCGAGCGCGCCAAGGACCGCGUGCGCCCCGCCUACUCGGUGCAGCAGCUCGCCAACGCCACGUGGCACGAGGUGGCGGACUGGUCUCUCGCGCGUGGGGGAGAUCGGUUGCAGUUUAGUGCGGAGAGCGUGCCGCAGCCGGGACAGGCCCCCAGCGGGUUGAGUGGCGGCGCGAUUGCACUGAUAGUCCUCGCAGUGCUGGCGGUGCUGGGCGGCGUGGCAGCGUAUGUGGGGAGAAUGAUGUGGGACAAGCGGCGGCACAUCCACCACAUGGGCUCAUCUUUCAACGCACAGCCGCUCGCCAUGGCUGACGAGAUGCAGAUGGAGCGGGGCAAGGUGCGCCUCAUAUAG